AUGAGUGAUAACUUCAAAUUAAGUGAGAAUGACCCUAAGUUAUCUUAUAGAGGUCCUAUCUAAAAUAAAAAUAAGCAAUCUCUUCCUUAGUUGCCCGAGUUUUCUAUGGACAUUCCAAAAGAUGAUCUCAGUUAAACUUCUAACAGUGAAGAUGAAAAAUUGAAUGUUAGCAACACCUAUGAUCUUUCUGCAAGUGCGAUGAUAAGAAAAAAAAGCUAUCGAUUUAUGAGUAUUAUUGAGUAAAAAAGUGAAGAUAAAAAGUCACUUGCAAAUGGAGUCUAAGGGAUUAAAAAUGGACAAAAUAAGAUUUCAGUAUUAUAGGAUAUCAAUAAGGAUCAACUAAAGAGCAUCCAAGGCAGUACUAAAGUGUAGACAGGAUAUAAUACACACAGAGAGAUUAUAUAAACUGCAAAUAGCAAAUAACCUACAGCCCUCGCUUAGUAUACUGCGAUUAAUAAUAAACAAAAAUUAAGCUCAAAUAAAAAUGCAAUAAAUGCUGAUAAAUAGGUUAGAGGUAAAAUGAAUAAUGAUAAUGCAGUGCAACAAAUAAAUAAAAAUUAACCUUAAGAGAAUCUUAAGUAGGCUAUUUAAUUCGAAAAAAAGUCAACAAAAAUAUCUAAUGGUUUUUCUAAUGUCCUAAAUAAUGUGGAUAACUCAAGUAUCCAUUAAAACAAUCAAGCAAAUUAAUAAUCUGAGGAUGAAAAAAAUUUACUACAUAUGCUAGGCUAAAAAGCCCCUAUAUAAAAUAAGAAUGAUGAAAUUAGAUUGCAUAAUAUUAAUAGAGUCUCAGAUAUUAAGAAAGCAAGUCAUCAAACUUCAAGAUCUAACAUAAUCUUCAAAUCUUUUAAUGAUAACAAUAUUUUUAAGGGAAGAGAAGCCGGAUAAAUUAAUCAAAAUGAGUAUGGAUAGUAGUAGUUUGAAGUUGAAAAUGAAUACUUUUAAGAUGACAAAGAUAUUCUCAAUGAUUUAAAAAGAGACAUUGAUAAUGUUCUACUUAGUUCAAUUGAUCACAGUGUAGCAACUAAAAUGAAUUAACUACAGAAAAAAAUGAAAAAUGAAAACCAGUUUAACCAACCAAAUAACAAGAAUCUUGAGCAUUUCUUUGGAGAUCAAUACUCGGAUCUGACUAUGAGAGAAAAUUAUUCAGGCGUAGAUUAAUCGAUGAAGAGUUUUAUGAGUAUAGUGAAAAAAGGAGACAAUAAGCUAAAUCUCUCAGAUUUCAAACUCAAGUAAAGUGAUAAAUCAUUUGUAGAUCAAUUAGGAAAACAUAUUUAAAAGCUCAUUGAUAAUGCUAGCAAAGGAGAUAUAAUUGAACUGCCAGCUUAAACUAUCAGAGUUAAUUCAUUAUAUAUCAGCAAACCAAUCACAUUAAUAGGCAAGCCUGGAACUGUGAUUGAAGUAUGUGGAGGUUCAAUUUUCGUUGAUUUUAACCCAAAUAGUUCUUAAAAUAAUAUGAGUCAAUCAAUCAAUCACAUCCUUAUGCAGUAGUCUAAGGAUACCUCUAUCUCUUUGAAAAGAAACGAAGUGGCAAUUAUUUAAGAGGUUCAAAUCACUUUCAAUAGAAAUAAAGCUGCUGAGGAUGCAUAACAGUAGAAAUUGGAGGUGAAAGUUUCAACUGGCAUCAUCCUUAAGAACAGAAAUCCCUCAUCAAUCAAUUAGAAUACACAUAUUUAAGAUAAAUAUGAAGGAGCUUCAAAUGUAAGCUACGAUUCUUUUUUAAAUAAGAAAAAUCAUGGGUUCUUAAGUUGCUUUAUAGUUGAAAAUGAUAGCUUUUUGGAAAUUACUGAUUGUCACAUUAUGAGUGUUAAAGAUGAAUUACAAAUAAUCAAAGAAAAAGAGUAAUUUGUGUAAGCCAAGCUUGCUGGAUAAUCUAUGAAUUUAGUAGAAUAAAACGAUAUAGAAGAUUGCUGUUUUGCAAUGAAUCUUUCAUCUAUAAUUCCAUAGCAAAGAGUAGGAGGCAAACCUGAAUUAGAAUUAUAAUCAGAAUUCGUUGGAGUUAUAUCAUUAAACUCUUGUACUAUUAGUGAUUUUCACAAUGGUAUUAUUGGUGGAUAUAACUCAAUUGUAAAUCUUGAUAAAAGUUCAAUUAUCAAUGUAAGAGGUACUGCUAUUCGUAUGAUACAUCCUAGAAUAUUCAAAAUGAGCAGUAGUGUCAUUUAAAAGUGUGAGGAAGAUGCAAUUGAUAUUAAAUUACUCUCUCCUACGGUAUCUAGAGAUAGUAAAGUCUAAGAUUAAGAACAAAGAUAGUUAACAUAUUAAAGAAAGAUACUUAUUUAGGCAAAUAGGAUUAUUUCAACAAAGAAUUAUUCAAUUAAUAUAGUUUAGAUGACUCAAGAUGUAUAUAAAGAGUAAAAAUAUAUGACUUUGAUGCUAAAUGAAAAUGCUAGCAAUAGAAAUAGUACAAAUUUCUGUUAAACAUAGCAUGUAAAUGCUUUAUUGAAAAUAUACAAUAACAAAAUUUAUGGAGCAAGCAAAGACUAAGUUUAGCUAAAGUAACUGAAAAUUAAGAAUAUUGAGAUAAAUAAAAAUGAUAUACUUAAAAACACAGGACAUGGCAUUCAUCUAAUUGAUGUUUUUCCUUAUUUGGGAGAUCCAAAAAGAGCUCUAAUAAGAAAUAAUCAAAUUUCUGAAAUAAAAAAUGGUCAUGGUCUAUUCAUAGAAAAUAGCUCUUGCCAUAUUGACCACAAUCUUAUUGCUAAGAAUAACUAGGAUGGAAUAUUCAUUACCACAAAUACGAAUAUACUUAAUCAAUAGAUAAACACAAAUAAUCAAUAGCUAUCAACAAUUCCUUCUUAUGUUAUUAUUUCAAAUACUAAAAGUGCAGAGAAUUCAGGCUGUGGACUGGCUGUUAGUGAUUUUGAGGGUUAUGUUGAGGUUAUCGAAUCUAGCUUCAAAUUCAACGAAUCGAAUGGUGUUUCUCUACAGCAAUUGAUGAAUCAUAAUUCUCUGACCACUUCAUAAAAUAUGGCUGAAACUAGCAAUAAUCAUGAAAAUAUAGUUAAUAAUCUCUAGUAAAGCAGUAGCAAUUAAGACUAGAAAAUGUUACUGGCAUUAGUAAAUAGCAAAAAGAAGUAAAACAAAAAUAUAUUCAAGAACACAAGUGUGUUAAUCUAUAGAAGUGAAUUGUGGGGCAAUAAGGGUGAUGGCAUUAAGUUAAAGUUCAUCAAGUCGCAUCUUUUAAAUUGUAAGAUUAGGUAAAAUGUGGCAGGGGCAAUCUCAAUGGAGGGGACACUGACUGAGUCACUAACUAAUAUUUAUGCUGACAGCUAGAGAACAGGAGACAUUAAAGGCAAGAUAUAUGGGGAUAUUGGGCUUUUAUAUCCUAAGAUUAUGAUUCAAGAUGAAAUUGAGCAGCUUUUAGAAAAUUUAAGGAAAAAUAUUCUCGCUAACCUAACAAGCAAAUAUGAUUUUAUAGUACUUGAUACUUAAGCCUCUGGCAAAAAUAAUGUAUCUGGCAAUACAUUCAAAGGAUGCCUAGGUUUUGGUGGAGGUGGAAAUAACAGCAGUAGAGAACAUAAUAAUAGCAACACAAGGCAGUAAAACUAAAAUUCCUAGGACUAAUUCAUGAAUGAAUAUUACCAAACAAACAGCAAAGGGUCAGGAGAUAAUAUAAACAAAUGCCUUUUUUGCAAGACUAAAACUUCUAGCCGACCUUAGAGCAGAGAGGGUAUCGCUCCAAUGCAGUUAUCUUCCCAAAAAAUUAAUAGCAGAGUGUGA